AAGAACAGAAAACGAGAACCAAAUAUGUUCAUCUCAUAUCGUAAAGAAAAGAUAAAAGAUCGACCAGCAGAAUUUAGCAAAAUCAUGGAAAUUGCUAUCAGAUAUGUACAAAGAAAUGAUCAAAUAGUUAAUGAAGCUAAAUUGCAAAUAAAUCUAUUACAAAAUGGAGAUGAAACCGAUAUCAAAA